UUUAAAAAUAAAUAAAAAUAAAAUCACGUCUAUCAGAUCUUUUAUAAAUUAGGUCGUUUCUUUAACUUUUCUUUUACCUAUAAAAGCCUUCAAAUGUAAAAAUCCAGCAUAUCAAGAUGAAUUAACAGUUUUUAUUUAAAUAUUCCCCUUCAUGCUGAUGACAACCUCAUAUUGCCACAAACUCAAUGAACAUAUUUGUUUGCUAAUCUUUUGUGGCAGAUAAAGCAAAGAGAUUUGAGGCGAAUGUUAUGGUGGUAUUAUAUGGAGAGAUAAUCUCAGUAAAAGCAACUUCCCUCUCCUGUGGGAUUCCUUAAAAAGCAGAAUUAAAUUGGUUGUGUGCACACAUUCAGAUUUAUACUGGAAAAUGUGUGGAACCUGACUCUAACGGUCAUUUUUCGACUUGAUUGAAAACUUGAUCAAUAGAUGUAAUUUUCAGAAAUUACUGCAAGAAAAAUCUCCAGCUCCCUCUCCUCCAUCUGCCCAUCUCAUCCCGCUAUCCUCUCCCCAUCCCUUUCUCCGUCUCUCAUCCAGAUGUAAAGAGCAGUCAAUAAUCGGAUGAGAGCAGAUUUGAAUCAAAAGGCUUCCCUUAAAAUCUCAGCCCUGUUGGAUUAAAAAAAAAAAAAAAACUAAACUGGCUCUUCUGUCUCACCUCUCGCCCUCCCUCCCUGCCUUAAUGCACUUCUCCAUCCAGCAGCCAUUUAAUCACAUGGGAACAAUGACAGCGUUCCAGGAACAGGACGGCAAAAAGGCAAACUCACAUUCAGAAACAACAAAUAACAAUAAAAUAACAAUAACAAUAAAAUCCUCCCCAGUUUUCACUUUCAGGAUCAUCAGCUGCUAGAAGAGACUGCCUGGUUUUAAUUCAGAGUUUUAAAAAAAAUAAAUAAAUCAGAUCUCUUUCAUUUAAAGUUAAUACCACCUUCACUCUCUUACCCUCCUUUUUUUACUUUAAACAAAUUAAAGGCAAAUCCUCUUGGUCAUGUGUUAUGACAAGGACACUCAUUCAAAUAGUGAGAAGAGCGACUGAGAGAUUGCAGCCUGCACACAUAGGAUAGCACACAUACGAUUGUUUUCAGGUAAGACAAAGGAAGAACAGAUAUCCUGAUUGCUCAUUCAUAAGAAAAGUAAUUUGCUAUGUCAGCUUAUCAUAUUUUUUUGCUGUGAAAUGCUUCAUUUUUAAAUCUGUGAUCGCUUCUUCGCCUGUCUGCUGAUUGCAUUUGUCACACCGUGUGAGUUCGGCCAUUAAGCGAUUGAUUUUCUACCCUUUUUAAUCACCACAUUACCAAAAUUCAAAAGCCAUCAGCACUAAGUGAGAGCUCAGCACAAACUCCGCGUUGUUUCAGGAGGAGCCGACACACAUCUGGCACGGCGACAGGACAUUCUGGUUUUCUGUGUACAUUCAGGGUGAGGAUGUGUUGCAUCUUCUGGAAGAACAAACCGAGUCGUUAAAGUCAUGUUUGCCUCCUCGUUCGACCUCUCGCUGGUCUCUGCGUGUGUGUGCGCUGACGUUGUCCUGAAGGUGUGCCCCGCGGGUUUCUCUGCGAGUUCCUGCGUAUUUAUGAAAGUUUGCAAAGCAGACGAGGGUUCGUUUGACUUGCAAAGCAGCACUUACUUGGAGUCAGGCGCAAGGCAGGUUAACAAGCUCAGGACGUCUUUUUCUGUUUCCACUGGUGACAUUUGCUGGUAAUCAUCACCAUGGGUGAAAUGGAGCAGCUGAGAAAGGAGGCAGAAAGCCUCAAAGAUCAGAUCACUGCGGCCCGUAAGGGAGUGCAGGACACCACGCUGCAGGAGGCGGCAGCGGGGAUCACUGUGGUGGGGCGCAUCCAGAUGAAGACCAGGAAGACGCUACGGGGUCACCUGGCCAAGAUCUACGCCAUGCACUGGUCCACCGACUCCAGGCUGUGCGUCAGCGCCUCACAGGACGGAAAACUCAUCGUGUGGGACAGCGUCACAACCAACAAGGUGAACGCCAUCCCGCUGAAGUCGUCCUGGGUGAUGACGUGUGCCUACGCGCCCUCAGGAAACCUGGUGGCCUGCGGCGGCCUGGACAACAUGUGCUCCAUCUACAACCUGAAGGGGAAGGAUGGGAACGUCAAGGUGAUGCGAGAGCUGGCCGCACACACAGGUUAUCUUUCCUGCUGCCGCUUCAUCAGCGACACUGAGAUCAUCACCAGCUCAGGCGACUGCACCUGCAUACUCUGGGACAUUGAGACAGGGACCCAGAAGACUGUUUAUGCUGGACACCAAGGAGACUGCAUGUCCCUGGCCGUAGCGCCAGACUUUAAGUUUUUCAUCUCAGGAGCAUGUGACUUUACGGCGAAGCUGUGGGACAUCAGGGAGGGCACCUGCAGACAGACCUUCGGAGGCCAUGAGAGUGAUGUCAAUGCCAUUGGGUUUUUUCCCAAUGGUAACGCAGUGAUAACAGGAUCAGAUGACGCCACCUGUAAACUGUUUGACCUGCGGGCUGACCAGGAGCUCAUCACCUACCAGGACUCCGGCAUCAUGUGCGGCGUCACCUCCCUGGCCCCGUCCCUGUCCGGCCGGCUGAUACUGGCUGGCUACGACGACUUCAAUGUGAACAUCUGGGACACGCUGAAGGCUGAGAGAGUGGGGGUGUUGGCCGGUCACGACAACAGAGUGAGCUGCAUUGGCGUGCCUGCAGAUGGCAUGGCCUGCUGCACGGGAUCCUGGGACAGUUUCCUCAAGAUAUGGAACUGAGGCUGUCCCUCUGCUACAAGCAGAAAGAAAGCGGUUCAUUUAUGCUUGGAAACAUGUGAAGAUUUAAAACAAGGCGAGAUCAAUGGAGGCAGGAGGAGACACGUAGAGUGAGAAGAGGGUAUUUUAUCUGUGCCAAGUCAUUUCUAAUGUUGGAGGAGAGGAGUGUAAUGCAAGGGUUUCCUCUUCUCCCAGUCACACUGCACUCUCACCUUUCUUCUCAUGUUCUGGCGGAAAUUAGGGUAGAACAAAAGAGUGGGCGUCCUAGUCAAAUUUCUCAUUAGUUGAUCUGUAAUUCAGAUUAAACAGAUGGCGGAUGCAUAAUUUUUUGGAGCAAUAUUAAGAUUACCCAAUGCGAACAGUUGCCAAAUGGAAAUGGUAGCACACUGGAUGAGUCAGAACUAGACACACGUCAAGUCACAGCCUGUGUAGAGUCACAGAAGCUCCACUUAUAUGCUGUUUAAUAUGAGAACGUAGGUUACACC